AUGCCUCCUCCCAAUAGGUUCCCCAGCUCGCCGAGCCUGCGCGAUCCUCCAAAGCAGUUCUCAGGCGAGCGUAUCUCUUCUCAAUCGUCCAUGUCUCAGUCAAAAUCGUCUCGUUACCAUGUAUCCCCCUGCCGAUUUACCUCCCACCGCAUACGGCCUUCCGUCGCGUCAAUAGCAGACAUUUUCGUUGGAUCGCUCGUCCUCGCAGGAUUUUGCAACGAACAUGCACCACAACGUCGCAAACUCUCUACGGUGUCAUUGAGAGCUUCCGGUCCACACUUGCAAAGGUUGCGUGGAAAGGGUGUGGCAGGUCACGAAAAUAGGCAGCUUGCUACUGGACAACGCUGGGAGCAUUUGGGGUCCACGAUGCAGCCGUCGCGAUCUCGAUCCUGGAUCAGUACUGCUUUGCUGCCUGCAAACGAAGACAAUCAGUCGCACGAUCUUGGGGAAUCCCCCCGUGCAAAGCAAAAAGGGGUGGGUUGUGAGAUCGCCGGACACCGUUCAAGGAGCAUGUCUGAUGAGGUAUUUCACCCCCACAAAUGGCCUCAGAUGCUUGACUCGAUAUUGGAAUCGGGAAACACAGCUGGCCAUAACAAGGACCUCUCUCCAAUCGCUCUUUCUGGGAACUCAGAGGUUCUGUCAGCCUCUGAAAGUGAAGCAGGUCUCUCAUUUGAUGAAAGGAGGCACCGUAUGAAUUCCAAUCUAUACCGUCGAAUCCUGGGUGACGAUUACGAAUGGGCAGAGCCGAUGGAUGUCGUCUUUCCCAAAGACCAAGUACAGGCCAAGCGAGAAGAAAAGGAGCUUCCGGAGAACGAAGUCGGGUCGCACAGACUGUCGGUCGCGAAGUUGAUUCAUGUGCUUCAUCACGAGAAAUCUCCUUCGACUGCUUAUCUGUUUCGACUCUACAGAGAUAUUCCCGCGCCGGGGAUUGCAAGUCUACCGCGCAAGGUCCGUGGACAACUACUGCGCGUUUUCGCCAGAGCUCCGAACCGGCGAUGGGCCGAUGCUCGGCGCUACCUCGCUCUCGUGCAAGAUAUGAUUGCUUCAGAUAAAAGCAUGUCUCGAUCAAUGUGGACUUCUGCGGUACAUUUCGCCAGUCGUGGGGGUGGAAAGGUCCUCAAGCGUGAUCUGGUGCGCGCCAUCGGCGUGUGGCAGCAAAUGGAGCAUGUGGCGGGAAUUGAAGCCGACGACGUAGUAUUCAACAUCUUGUACGAUGCAGCUAUCAAGGCUGGCCAGUUUACCGUCGCCGACAGACUCGAACAUGAAAUGACGAGGCGCAAUUUGAAGUUCACUCGAUUCGGCCUGGUUGCCAAAAUCUAUUCCGCCGGCGUGCGGCGAGAUUUGGACGGAAUCUCAGAACAUUUCCAGAAAUUCAUCCAGGCAGGAGACCUUGUUGACACCGUCGUUUUGAACAGCCUGUGCUCUGCAUUCAUCAGAGCAGGUGACCCCGCGGCCGCAGAGCAGCUGUACAGUCGCAUGAUUGAUGCGCAGAGAGCGAAGAAGAGCCCGAAUCGUUCACUGACCACCAGUGCCAAUCGAGUCGUCUUCGAACAUUCCCUCUCUUCCGUAUUCUCCAAAUACCGCACGAGCAGCCGCGCAUUAGGUGACUUCCUCAAGCGUUCGCAGGCCCUCAUGCACCGAUCCCCAAAACAUCACCAGGCUUUGCAGGAUUCCAUCCCCAUGACUCCGGAUACUCGCACUUUUUACAUCUUUCUCCGGUAUUAUGCCCGCCAGAGUGGACAGUUUGACAAAGUUGCGAUGGUCCUCCGGGAUAUGGAGCACGCUUUCGACGUUCCUCCAAAUCAAAUUGUCUACAUGAUGCUUUUUGAGGGGUUCGCUAUCCAUGGCCAUCACAAAAAUGAAUGGUCGCCUGAGCGUCUUCGUCACGUCUGGCAUGCUUAUCUGCGAGCUUUGCGUGCAUCGAAGGCAAGGCUGGACGCCCAACAACGACACCGAGUUCCGCGCAAGAUGGAGUGGGAGAAUCCUUUGGCCAAAGCCAUGCAUUUGGAGGAUGAGCUGGAUGCCGCAGUGGCCAGUAGUACGGAUGAAUUUUACACCCAUCUUCCAUCGGCGGGUGACCAGACAGCGCCCGACCCUUUGGCUGCUUCUGAGUCAACAAGCCAUGAUGCUGUGGACUGUGUCGUGAAGCAAAAUCUUGACAUGAAAGACGGGGAAUCUGAAUCCUCCGAACGGCCAAACGCCAAUAACACUGCCAGUGCAUCCCAUGGAGUGCCUCCUGAGAUUACGUCUUUCUCUGACGUUGAUAGGCCUGUUCCGAUCAGUCUCGGUCUGCAACACCACGACGAUCUUGAUAGGCAUCUGGAGAAUGGUGUAUUUGUCGGCCGCAAGAUGGUCGUGGUGAUUCUGCGCGCCUUUGGUGCCUGCUAUGGUCCUAAGGAGGUCAUGGAGGCUUGGCUACAGUUGGAACGCCUCUGGCAUCCACACCAUCGCAAGGCAGCCGAUGUGAUAGCUGUCAAGGAAGAGCUUGACAAGCAGAUGUCUCGCGGACCGCGUCCUGCCCUGUAA